AUGUCAGAACAAGGAGAAGAAGAAUAACAAUAAUAGGACGAAUAAUAAUAACUAGAAUAAUAGACCUUUCAACUUGAUACCCAAAUUCCUCCUGAAGAUCCCAAUGUGUUUAUGACUCAAUAAAAGCUUGAACAAAAUCAAGCCUGGAAGUGCUUUGAUUUCCUAUUCCCAGCAGGGAAACUAGCCAAACUCAUCAAAGUUAAUUAUAACCAACCCAAAACCUUUCCGAUGACUGAAAUACUUACGAAACUGAAAUUAGACGAUGGAUUGCCUGUGGUCAAUUUUAUUGGUUGCAGACACAACUUUGACAAUCCAAACUCUAAUCGUGGCAAAUUCUACGCUGGUAUUGCCAGAGCAUGUCAUAAUACUGAUGCAGUUAUCAUCGAUAAUGGAAUAACCACUGGCAUUGAAAAAUUCAGUCUCAGAAGAAAUUGCACUCUCAUCGGUGUUGCACCUGAAUAAGCUGUCUCCUAUCCCAAAUUGAAUCCCACCAAAAUUGAAAAAAAUGAAUUAAGCAAUGGUCACUCUCACAUAUUCCUGAUGGGAGGCGAUAAUGUGGACAUUGGAAGUGAAGCACUAUUUAAAAUCAAUUUAUGCAAAGCUAUUGCAACUGGGAAAAUAAGUAAAACCCAAGGAAGACCAAGAUGCAAAAUUGUUAAUAUUUUAUUCGCUGACUCUAAUGAUUGUUUUGAUGAAAUUAGAGAAGCCAUUAUUAAUAAAUUACCUAUUAUUGUAGUCAGGGGAUCUCAUCUCUGCAAUCAAUUCAUAGAUCAAGAGAAAAUACUUGAUGCAGAAUUUGAGGACAUUAUGACUGAUAAAGAUGGAUUCUUCUUCCCCUUAAAAAAACUAGACUCAGAAGUCAUUGCAUAAAUGGUUCAUUAUCUAUUGACAUUUACUCCAUCAAAACCUAAAUAAUAAUGA